CAUGCUUUCUUACAAAAGGUCGUGAAUGUUGGGUACCAUCGCGCCUGUCUCUCCCGGCCGCAUGACGUCCUCCUUCCCCUUCUUCAAAACCUCAGUUACUCACGACGACCGCCCAACAUGCUCUCCAGUCCGCCGCGUCUUCUGGCGCCCACCUCCUCGCCCUUUCGCCCUCCAUCCCCCACCAUGUCGCCCAGCGGGAGACGGCACCGCUCCCAUGCCACAUCGGAUGAGACCCAUCUCCGCCAGCUGUCUCCCGAACUCACCCUGCGCGCCUUCACCCAACAGCCCAUGCCCUUCGACACUUCUCGCGACGAAUACAAAAUUUUCGCCUGCAUUCACACCCUCACCCCCGCCGAACGAGAUCUGGGCGCCCGCGUCGCCAAAGCAGCACAGCGAUUAAAGAGCUGGACCAGCGAGCUUGCACAAUGGAAGUGGUCCGGCUCUUUCCAGCCGCCCAGCGAACAAUUCCGCGAGCAGCGCCGCAAGAGCCUAGAGCUGCGCAUCCGCGAGCAUAUCAGAAACCCGGAUGCUUCUCAGGUCCCCGUGCUCGAAUACUGGGGCUCCAUGCUGUCCGUAGAAGUGGAGGCACACGAGGCGCGCUUGGAUGAGAUCAGUGACGAACUCAUACACCUGGAUAUUGAGGAGCUCAAGGAGCAUGUGCUGGACAUGCACCCUUCAGGCAGGUCACCUACGCCUUCGGCCAACGUGGAGUCCAGCCGCCGCGCGUACACCCCCGUCGACGAUUUCAGCUUUCUCAUCACCCAAACCCUUCUAUCUGCGCUGCCCCACCAUUUCCUACUCAAGGACCGGUUGAGCACCUGGACCGCCCGGGUCACCAUUCUUCGCGAGGCGCCACGUUUCUUGGAAGACUUGAAAACUACACAGAAAGCCAUGCGAUUAGGAUGGAAGACGCUCAGCGCUCCCGAAGAUAAUUCAGAUGCCGCCUUUUCCACGUGGAAACAUGCCGUAGAUACCGUUUCCGAAGUCCUACGUACUAGGACCGGUUCUUUGGGUCAUCUGCUAGAUAGGUGGCUGGAUACAUUAGAAGGCCGUGACGAUUGCUUGCCGGACGAGUGGAUCGAUAAGUUUGAGGGACUAGAAACCGAGUUCACCAGAUGGACCCAGGAUGCACAUGCAAGGAGUAUUGUAUUCGAUGUGCGACGAAACACACCGAGGGAUACCAGGGUAGAUUCCGGAUCUAAUCUACGGACCCCCUCGCUCGAACAUGGUCCAACAGAAGACGAGUCCCCCAUGGAAGGCGCGGUAAAUGACCCCGCUUCUAUUGCCAGUACACAGAAGGAGGAAACGCGCAUAGCCACAGCCUACAAAAGCGAUAUUCCUCAACUAUCGUACACAGUUCCCGAGGAAAAUGGCACCGAGGACAAUAAUUUACCGAAUAACUCCGAUGAGGACUCUGUCUUUGAGGAAGGCGACACCGUGAUUCACAACGACCUGGAAGAAAGCUUUGUGGAAGACGAUCGAUCACAGCUGGGACCCGAUUCAUCAUUCAUCUCCUUCACUGACGAGGCGGACGCCGGGAGUGUGAAGCGCCCAGAAACACCAACCUCUCGACGUAGCAGCAUUCACUCCAUCACUUCCGACAUGGAUGUCUCGUUUUCGUCCAGUCCUCCUGACGAUGCUAUGGACGAAUCGCCUUCUGCUAAUCGGGCUGUUCGAGCGCCACGACCUGCUCUCAAUGCUGCAAUGCGCAAACGUCGCACGAAUAGGGAGUCCGCUGAUACAUUUGUUGAAAGCGCCCCAUGGCCACCCACACAAUUUUCUCACAAGGCCCCCCAUACCGCCGAUGAUCUUGAGAGCAAGAUCUCUGAUAUCUUGACGACUAUCCCGGCCUACAUUCGCUUGACAACGGGCGCUGGAAAGGAAGUUCGGAAUGCAAAGUCUGCUCGUAGAGUGACAAGUAAAAGUAGUAGAGGUUACUUGCGCGCUCAGAGUUCUUAUAGCAGCAUGAAGUCACCCGAACUUACUUUGUCGCCUGCGAAAAAUGACCCGGACUCAAACGCUUUCUCGGGUCGCAAGUCGACGUCAGCAUUGCGUGCUGACAACGACAUCAAGUUGUAUCACUUGACUCAGCCUGGCAAAGAGAAGCCACAGAAAUUGUUCAUUCGUCGUGUCGGGGAGAACGGAGAGCGGGUGAUGGUCCGAGUAGGCGGUGGCUGGGCAGAUCUUGGCGAAUACCUGAGGUCGUAUGCGGAGCACCAUGGUCGUCGGACCGUUAGCAGUGACAAGUUUGAGAUUCUGGGUCUAGAGAUCCCAAAUUUCGAGUCUACACCCAGUCGUCCAGGGAGUGUGAUGAGUAGGGGGGACAGACGGUCUAGCGGAACUCAGGCAGGCAGCACUCGUACCACGCCAGUGAAGUCGUUCGAGUCUACCAUCUCGACUGAAGAACCACCACCACCUAUGCCGGAUUUUACACCCGCCGCACAUACCGGCGGUAUCGACGAAGCAUUGGCCUCGUCCACCGGCUCUGCCAAGUCGUGGCAAGGGAACGAAGUCGGGCUUGCAGGACCUAAAGCGAGAAAACUCGAUCUCAGCGACGAUAAGCUAGAAUGGGUCGACAGCAUGAUGAAGCAGGCACGAAGUGUCAGUGGCAGUACCAUCCCCAAACCAAGCAUACAGCAGACCGAUCGAGUGGGUGGGACAAGCCGGAACGAAAGUCGCACAGAGAGCCGCAACGGAUCGCGGAUUGCUAGUCGCAACGGAGGGCCGAAGAAGCAGCAGAGCCAGGAGUUUGGUACUCUGGGCAAAGUCGGAGGGACGAAGCGAAUUUUCUUGCGCGGUGGCGCAUUGAACGAGCAUUAA